GGUAGGAGAUCAGGAAACUCAAGUUGAGCACACGGAGAUCGUUCUACUAGAACGAGUUUCAGAAUAUUUUGUAAACUGCGAAAGAAAACCACACUAGUUAUACAAAAGUUAAACAAUUGUUCAUGACAUAAAAAAUUGUGAAAAAGAUCAAAGCGUUUUAGUUUGAUGACACGGUGGCUGAUAAACUUGUGAAAAGAGAAAGAAAUUUUAUUUUAAACCCCGCAAAAUCUAUGAAUAUAUCUUUGUUUCAACACGUGGAAAAAAUCCAAACUAGAGGGAAAACGAUGCUUGGCUAUAUAUACUCUCCCACUACAAUGGUCAGACGAGAAAGUCAGAAAGUGUUGAUAAUGAAAAACGUCCAUUUAAAAGUGAUCUAACUACUCAAUAAGAAAUAAAAAUUCUAGUUGUCGAUGAAUCUAAGCAGUGGUAUUGGUGGCUCUAUAUUUCAAAAAGCAGACAGUAUCUAUCUAUUUCUCGAAAAUAGCUCGACACGUAGUCGAAAAAUUUCCCUUUCAGAUAUGAUAAAAGUAGAAAUACAACUUCCGGAUUAAUUUCUGUUUAACUCGUUAUGCACUAAACUCAUAAUUAGCGACAUUUUCGUUCUGCAGAAGAGUAGGUCAACAUUUGGACUGAAAGAUGAAGUUUAUUUUCUUUCAUUUAGGUUAUUUAGAGAAAAACAUAUGAUUGAGUUUAGAUUAAAUUGAAUUGUGCAAUUGAUAAAAUUUCUUAAUAAGAUUCUUUUAUUCUGUAUCAUCAACAGAAUUCUCCUCUUUCUUUCUCUUUCUGCAAGAUAAGAGAAAAAGAAAGAAGAAAGAAUGAUAUUAAUCUAUACAUAAGCAUAGAAAGAAUAUAGUCUAUGUCUACGUUCUACGCGUUCGAUUCGAAAAACAACAAAAUGAAUCUUCGUCAAACUCAGCGUCCGGCACACUAUUAUCUACAGCUACACCAGGGUGAAGAAGAUGUUCAAACAACAUGUCAUCAGCAGCUGGCACAAGCACCACAAAAUCGAAUAAGAAGAACACGAACAACGACACACAAAUAAUAUCCGUACAAUUGCACAGAAUCUUGUGCUUGAUUUAAUGAAAGGUAUGUAAAGUAGUUACGUUUCCGGAAGAACUUUUUUAAUCUGUAAUCUUGCACAUAUUCUUUAUUCUGAAAUGAUAGACUAGAAAUAGUGUAGCAACUAUUUUAAUCGUUUAUUCUCUUGUAAAUCUUCUGAGUUUAUAAAUUAGACUUGAGUGGAGGAAGAGCUAAUGUGGCCUAUUUUUACAGAAAGCCGUUGGUUAACCACGGUUCUUCAAUUAACCAUGAAUUGACCGCGGUUUGCUAUAAACGGCCAAUUAAGCGCGAUUAACCGCGGGUAUUUUUGAUACUGCGGUUUGGAAAAUUAACCUCCAAUUGACCGUGUUAUUUUGGAGAACCGACGGUUAACCGUUUUGUUUUGUGGUCACUAUAUGUACAUAAGGACAACAUGAUUUAUCGAAAACUUCAGAAUUUUUGUCCAUGACUUCUUGAAGUGUGAACUUCGACUUAGUCUAAAUAUCUCUCGACUUGCAUCUAAGAGUUUUGACAAACAGACAGAUACUGCUCAGUCCAAAAUUUCAUCGGUAUGGACUUUGACUAAUCGACAGUUUUACUGGAUGGAACACAUGAACACACACUCAAAAGAAAAUUGAAAAAAUGUUCAGAAGAGGAUUUGUACUCAUAUCGCCAGCUCAGGAAAAAAACCGUCAAUUAACCACAGUCAACCGAGCAUUUUGUAGUAAAAAACACGUUACUAUUCUUCCUAUUUAUAAUUCUUACCUAAUUUAUAUAUUCUAUUUCCUUUUUUCAAAAAAUCUGCAUCUGUGAAUCCUUUUCACCAGUCAACUUUUUUUUUGAUCAAUACUAUAUCGAUGAUCAUAUGUCGAGUUAUCUUUUAUACUGUAUAAAUAUUGUCAACUGGAGUCCUACAUGAGUGGAGAAAACUGUGUAACCCACAUCCUACCUCGACGUUUGGAACCUGAUUCGAUCCGCGUCAAAUCAGGCUCUAAACCGUAGGUACUCGAUUCGUAGGGUUUGAGUCGAAUUUCAGGACUUUGUCAAGAACAAAUAUGUUCUCGAACUGUGCACAUUGUUGUCUAUAAAGAGAAAUUUUCAAGGAUAAGCUUAAGUUUCUGUAACAAAAAAUGAAGUGAAUGAAAAACUCAUUUUUAUUGAAAAAUAAAAAUCAAGUGUAUCAUAUUUCAAAGAGCUGAUAUAAGAUCUGUAACUAGUUCUUUCAAAACAGGAAGAACACGGUAUUUUGGAGUAUAUCGUUGACGCAUCCAUUCUUCUCUUAGUUAAGUUAAAAAUGAAUAUUUUUUCUUAGGUAGUUGCAAUGAUGGCAUUCGGCAAACGAAAAAAGAAAAAAUAACCAACGACGAAUAUUUGUAUUUAAAAAGAAAUUGUAAAUCAAUAAUGCGAUCACGUCCAAAUCAAGAACUAGAAAGAUUAUUGAACCUUGAUUUAUAUGUUUAUAUAGCUCCUCGUCAUCGUAUACGUGCAAAUGACAUUAAAUUUGGUCUUUAUAAACAGUCUCCCAGACAUUAUGUUACAGGUCUUCGUGCACGAAGACAAAACGUUGGUCGUUGUUUUUUCCGCGUCUCGUCCGUUGAACAAAAUUAA